GGUCUUUCAGCGGGGGACGCGACCUCCGCGCGCGCCAGAGACAUGGGGAGGCUGCGCCGGCGGUAUAACGUGAAGGGGCGUCUGCAGACUGGCCCGCGGCCCGCGAAGGGCGCCCCCGAGCCGGCCCCCGUGCGGCUGGAGCUGGAGGACAAGGAUGUGCUGAAGGGAGUGGAUGAGAGCAAUGCGCUCGUUUUGCUGGGUAAAAAGAAAAAGAAGAGCAAGGCUCCUCCUCCAGCAAAGAAGAAGAAGCCACUGACCAAGAAGGAGAGGAAAGUACUGCAGAAAGUCUUGGAACAGAAGGAGAAGAAGAGCCAGCGCGCUGAGCUGCUGCAGAAACUAAGUUCAGUCCAGGUGUCGGAAGCAGAGAUGCGUCUCUUCUACACCACAGCCAGGCUGGGCACAGGAGUCCGCAUGUACCGCACCAAAGACAGGAAAGCCGGUGAGCUGGCAGCCCAAGGCCAGGAAAAGAUCAGCAGCCUCAGUGGGGUGCACCGGAAGCGCCACCGACCCUCAGCAGAGGAGGAGUCCAAGUCCUCAGAGGAUUCUGAGUUAGACCUUGAACCUGAAGAGGCCACAGACACUGACCAACCUGGAGCCAACACAGGCACAACCCCAGUGCAUCUGCUGCCAGCUCUUCCUGGGGACAAGAGCCCCACAACCAUCAGUCAGCCCCUUCCAGUCAAGACCCCUGUGCCUUUGCAGGGAGAAGCCUAUGCCCCACCUCGACCACCGGCCAAACCCGCUGUUUUCAUCCCUGUGAGCCGCACCCCUGAAAUACAGGAAGAGCGGCUUAAGCUCCCUAUCCUGUCUGAGGAGCAAGCCAUCAUGGAGGCAGUAGCUGAGCACCCUAUCAUCAUCGUGUGUGGUGAGACUGGCAGUGGGAAAACCACACAGGUGCCCCAGUUUCUCUACGAAGCAGGCUAUAGCAGUGAGGGCAGCAUCAUUGGAGUCACAGAGCCCCGCCGAGUGGCUGCCAUGGCCAUGUCCCAGCGAGUGGCCAAAGAGAUGAAUCUAUCACAGCGGGUUGUCUCCUACCAGAUCCGGUAUGAAGGGAAUGUGACCGAAGAUACCAGGAUCAAGUUUAUGACAGACGGUGUGCUGCUUAAGGAAAUCCAGAAGGACUUCCUGCUGCUGAAGUACAGGGUAGUGAUCAUUGACGAAGCUCACGAGAGGAGCGUAUACACAGACAUCCUCCUCGGUCUCCUGUCCCGCAUCGUGGCUCUCCGGGCGAAGAGGCACCUGCCCCUCAAGCUGCUCAUCAUGUCUGCCACACUGCGGGUGGAGGACUUCACCCAGAACCAGCGGCUUUUCACCACCCCACCCCCAGUCAUCAAGGUUGAAUCCAGACAGUUUCCAGUGACUGUGCAUUUUAAUAAGCGGACCCCACUGGAUGAUUAUAGUGGCGAGUGCUUCCGAAAGGUCUGCAAGAUCCACCGGAUGCUGCCUGCAGGUGGCAUCCUGGUGUUCCUGACAGGGCAAGCUGAGGUGCAUGCACUAUGCCGCCGGCUCAGGAAGGCCUUCCCAGCUUAUAGCUCCCGGCCACGAGAGAAGGAAGAGGAGGACUCAGCAGAAGCCAUGAGGAAAUUUAAGAAAUCUCGGACAAGGGCCAGGAAGGCCCAGGCCAUGACGCUGCCCCAGAUCAACCUGGACAACUACUCGGUGCUGCCAGCAGGUGAAGGCGACGAGGACCGGGAAGCAGAAAUGGACGAUGAAGAAGCAGCCUUAGGCUCUGACCUGGAUCUGGACCUGGGAGAUGAUGCACUAGGGGGAGGUGAGCAACUGGAUGCUUCCCUGCCCCUGCACGUUCUCCCUCUCUACUCUUUGCUGGCCCCAGAGAAGCAAGCACAGGUGUUCAAAUCUCCCCCAGAGGGGACAAGACUAUGUGUUGUGGCUACCAAUGUGGCCGAGACGUCCCUCACCAUCCCUGGCAUCAAGUACGUGGUGGACUGUGGGAAGGUCAAGAAGCGCUACUAUGACCGUGUCACGGGCGUGUCCUCUUUCCGUAUCACCUGGGUCUCCCAGGCAUCGGCUGACCAACGGGCAGGUCGUGCAGGCCGGACGGAGCCAGGCCACUGCUACAGGUUGUAUUCCUCCGCGGUUUUCGGGGACUUUGAGCAGUUUCCUCCUCCAGAGAUCACUCGGCGACCAGUGGAAGACUUAAUCCUGCAGAUGAAAGCUCUUAACAUUGAGAAAGUCAUCAACUUCCCCUUCCCUACACCUCCCUCUGUGGAGGCUCUGGUUGCUGCUGAGGAGCUACUGAUUGCUCUGGGAGCCCUGCAGGCACCCCGGAAAGAGGAAAGGGUGAAGCAGCUGCAGCAGUCUCGACUGAGCUGCCCCAUCACUGCACUGGGUCGGACCAUGGCCACCUUCCCCGUGGCACCACGCUAUGCCAAGAUGUUGGCACUAAGUAGACAGCAUGGCUGCCUGCCCUACACCAUCGCCAUUGUAGCUGCCAUGACUGUCCGGGAGCUGUUUGAGGAGCUGGACAGACCCGCUGCCAGUGAAGAGGAGCUCAACAUUCUGAAGGGCCGGCGUGCCCGUGUGGCCCAGAUGAAGAGGACCUGGGCAGGCCAGGGGGCCUCUCUGAAGCUGGGGGACCUCAUGGUACUGCUAGGUGCCGUAGGAGCUUGUGAGUAUGCUGGUUGCUCCCCUCAAUUCUGCCAGGCCAAUGGACUGCGCUACAAGGCCAUGCUAGAGAUCCGGCGUCUGCGGGGCCAACUGACCACUGCAGUCAAUGCUGUGUGCCCUGAGGCUGGACUCUUUGUGGAUCCCAAGAUGGAGCCACCCACAGAGAACCAGGUGACCUACCUGAGGCAGAUCAUGGUGGCCGGCCUGGGUGACCAUCUGGCCCGCAGGAUACAGAGUGAGGAACUGCUGGAUAACAAGUGGAGGAAUGCCUACAAGACCCCUCUCCUAGAUGACCCGGUCUUCAUCCACCCCAGCUCCGUACUCUUUAGAGAGCUGCCUGAGUUUGUGGUCUACCAGGAAAUUGUGGAGACUUCAAAAAUGUACAUGAAAGGCGUCUCCACCGUGGAGGUUCAGUGGAUCCCAGCACUAUUACCCUCCUAUUGCCAAUUUGGUGUGCCCCUGGAGGAACCAGCCCCCAUCUACUGCCCUGAGACAGGGCGUGUACAGUGCCACCGCACCAGCAUUUUCUAUCGUGUUGGCUGGCCACUCCCUGCCAUACAGGUGGAUUUUCCAGAGGGCAUUGACCGCUACAGGCACUUUGCCUGCUUUCUGCUGGAAGGGAAGGUUUUCUGCAAACUGGCUUCAUACAAGAACUGCCUGCUCUCUAGCCCUAGCACCAUGUUGAAGACUUGGGCCAGGCUACAGCCCAGGACUGAGAGCCUGCUACGAGCCCUGGUGGCAGAGAAGGCUGACUGCCGCGAUGCCUUGCUGAUGGCUUGGGAAAAAAAUCCCAAAUACCUACUGGCUGAGUACUGCGAAUGGCUACCCCAGGCCAUGUAUGCCAAUAUUGAGAAGACCUGGCCUCCUACCACUGGCUGCUGACCAGAUGGCUAGCUACAGAUUCACCUGGUCCCCUGGCCUGGCUCUUCACAUGGCCUGAUUCCGAGCCAAGCUCACCACUCACAGUCCAGGAGUGCCUUCUCUAUAACUAUUUAUUACAGGAUACAUGUGGUUUAUCUCCCACAUUCCUCCUUGUCUUAAAUUUGCUCUGAGGGCUACGUUAGCCACAGGGCCACUUGUACAUGGAGGCAAGCUCUUCCACAGUGUGUGCAGCCCUCCCUCUGAGCUGUACCAGCAGCUGUGCGCUAAAGACCUCUCCCAACCUCAUGGGCUUUCUCCUGGACUUUGGACCUUCUAUUUAAUAUGGCCUCAGAGUAGGCAUCUCAUCUUCAAAUGCCAGCUCAUAGGCAGCCAGAAGGUGAGCAUCCUAUGUGGCUUUGCUCUGAGGGCUGGCCAAGCACCAGUCACGACACAGAACUCUUUAGUCAGUCAGGAAUAGGGGCACCAACACAUUUCUUAAGUCCUCUUCUGCUGGGGCAGAGGUAAGAAAGAGAAAAGUCCGAGGCAGCGCAGUUAGAAGCCCAGACCUGCCUGCACAGUGAGGAAUGACAUCUCCCCGGAGCCACUCUGGUUAGGAUGGAGCCUAGUUCAAGUCUCAACAAAUAAGUGUUUUGUUGGAGUAAAUAACACAACAGAC